AGCCGUAGAUUUUUCCAAGCAGUGGAGCUGCGCAGAAGGAGAGUGCCUUUGCACGACCAUGGCGAUCAGUUGCAUCCCCUUCGGGGCUGGGGAAAUCAAUUGUGCUCUGACGCUGUUAUGCCAAAUGAUCGGGAAUCUUGUGGCGAUGAUAGCAGCUCUUCAAAUGGUCAUGACCUCACCCUACGAGAAUGUGGCUGGAGUGGAUAAGAAUGCAAUGAUGAGCUUUGCAACGAAUGUGAUCUACUCCAGGAUCGUUGCAGGCAUGUGUGUGACCAUGAUUUUCGGCAACUGCUACUAUGCAUGGAUGGCUUGGCGAAUGAUGAGACGAGAGAAGACCACCAAUGUUUGCUGUUUGCCCUAUGGGAUCAACACGCCUGCGGCCUUUGCAUUUAUCUUCAGUGUGGUCGCCAAGGCAGCAAAGGAAGCGGCUGCCACCGGCAUGAGCUGGGAGGAGGGUGUGCUCUAUGCUUGGCGUGUGGGAUGUGUAGCGAACCUUGUGAGUGGCAUCAUCGCCACGUUGUGUGGCUUUGCCGGACCCUUGAUCGUGAAGGUGGCUCCGCCCGGUUCCUUGAUGGUCGCGCUGGCGGGGCUGGGGUUCACUUACCUGGGCAUCGGGCAGAUCAUCUCCUGCUUCGAUGUGGGUCACCUGGGCUUAUUGCCCUUGGGCGUGGCCCUGGUGGGUUUCUUUGGGGAGGUGAAGACAUCGCCAUUUCCUGCAGCGGUGGCGGUGAUGCUUGUGGGCAGUUUGACCGGGUGGCUCUCCUUCGAAGGUUGGCCUGAAGGUGGGAUCCCCACAGGUGGCACAGCAAAGGCCGUGGAGGACUCCUUGAACCACUUCAGUUUCUACAUGCCGAAAAUGCUAGGGCCAAGCGACUAUGCUGGAAUUGGUUCGGUCAUUGCCAACAACCUCUCUGUGAUUUUGCCUGUCGCCUUUGUUGGUGCAGUGAACACCUUAGUGUCGACCUACGCUGCACACUCCGUGGGGGACAUGUACCCCAUCCGCGAAUGCCUCAUCGUCGAUGGCCUGACCACGGUCGUCUCGGCACUCUUUGGAUCACCUUUUGGGACCUGCGUCUACUGUGGACAUCCUCAGUUCAAAAACCAAGGUGGCAAGAUCUAUUACUCCUUUCUGAACUGCAUCCUCUUUUGCUUCCUCGCCAGCACGGGCAUGUUUGCUGCCGCGAAUGCCAUCCUUCCGCCUUGGGGCACGGCACCGAUCAUUCUCUUCGUGGGUCUAGCGAUCAAUCAGGAUGCCUUCAACAUCAUCGAAAGUCGACACAUCCCGGCAGCCAUCAUUGGACUUUUCCCGUCCACCGGCGACUGGAUUCUUUCGAUCGACUCAAGUUUCGGAGAGAAGAAGCCUGGGCUCGCAGCCAUGUCUUAUGGUGCCUUGCUGGUUUGUAUCAUUUGGACUUCUAUGGGGAUUCACCUCAUUGAUCGACGCUUUGCGCAGUCGGCCAUUUGGGCAACGGUUGGAGCUUUUCUGUCCGCUUUCGGGCUUAUACACCAGGCGAAGGCAGACCUCACAUUCAAAAGCUUCUCGGGUAGCCCAGGCCAGGCCUUUGGCUUGUCUUCCUGUGCCUUUAUGAUUGGAUAUCUCACCCUAGCCGCCCUCUUUGUGAUCCUGAAGAUUCUCCAAGCCUAUGGAUUUUCCCGUGUUCCUCCUCCCAUCAAGGACACCUUGGAGGAUGGGGAUGCAGAGCAUGAAGCUGAAGAGGUUGCACGCAGAGCCAAUGAGCGUCCCUCCAGCCGCAUCAUCAGCACCUUCUUUGAGAAUGGUGUGGUGCCGCCUGCCGAUCUCGAUCCUUCCGAGAGCAGCGAAUCGGCGGAGGAUGAGGAUCAAGAGGUGGGCCUUCGGGACAAGUGAUACGGCAGUGAUAGAAUGCUUGAUGAACUGAGGAAAGCACAGGAGUGAUAGAAGUGAUGAUUUGAGUGAUGAGUGAAUAUUAGUGACCCAACCCCCAGCUAUCAGCUUGCAACACGGCGCAAGGGCGCCAGAGCGCAUGAACAAUGCAUUCAUGUGCCAGUUGCACUCAGUUGGGUUGGUGGUCUUGCCUUUAGCCUCUUGCAAGAUUGUGCAAGGGGUGGCAGAGCGUAUCACAACAUGAUCUCAUUUGUCAAUUCAGUCUUUUUCUUUUGAGAUGGGCGCCUCCCUCUUGCCCCGGAGCAAGGGGCGGCAGAGCGGACCAGCCUCGAAAUUUCGCUUCGAGUCAUGCUACUUAAGAAUUGUUGGAGACAAUCAUUUGCUGUGGGCUGUUGAGUCACUGUAGAGAGUUCUAGUAGAAAAAACAACUGAGUAGUAAGUAGCAAUCCGACAGUCACAGAAGUCCACACAGAGGCUUCAAACGCGC